AUGGAUAUGACCGCAUUCUUCGACACAAUCAACAACAUGGGAAUUACGGUCCCCUCCACACCAUACAUCCGUCGUGAAGGAGGACUAUCUGAUAAUCAAUUGAUCAGUCGCUUCCGAAGUGGCAUGAUGAUGAUUGCAGCACGCAGCCGUUCUGUCAAAAUCCGCCCAGCAGAACCCCAGGUUCGUGUUCUGCCUGAAGACGGAAAGCUUCAGUGGCUCAUGGAUACAGGUGCAGACUUCCAUGUCCGCAUGAAUCGAGAUUUCUUCACUGACUACGUCGCCCUCGGAAAGGAUGCCUUUACAUGGUCAACGUCCGGAGGGGUAGAAGGAGAAGCGCUUGGUGACGGGAAAGUGACAAUUACCAUGAUCCGAGAUGACGGAUUGCUUCACGACAUCGAAUUCCUUGCGUAUUAUGCGCCGAAAAUCUACUCCAACAUCAUCAGCGCAUGUACACUUCGACGGGACCUCCGAAUCUACUACAGCGACCGGGAUUUGCCAUGCAUAAAGUGGAUUCGAAUGAUCGUUGUGGGAGCACAAAUGAUAUCCGAUCGGUUCCAAUUGAAGCACUGGCAGGCACUCUAUGCGCAAACGUAA